CGUUUCGUUCGCCAGUUGUCCGAUUUUGUUGUUUGUGGUUGGUAGUAUUUUGCGUGUUUGUAGUAAAUUGCCCGCGAGCUGCGAAACUUUUUAACGAAACUUUUGAAAUUUUAUUCAUCUACAGUUUCUGGAUUUGUUGUGAAGUGAGAGAACGGGAAUAUUUGAUUUUAGAACAUUUAGUUUGUUUGUGAAUAGGUUAAACUUGUAGUGUGUGCUUGUGGUCACAGGUGUCGCAUUCCUUGAGGGACGCCGACGCAGCCUCCGAUACGGUGGGCAGGUGAACGGCUAGUCUAUUAUUUGAUAUUCAAUAUGGCGGUGUGGUUAUGAGAUCGAACAUACAACAACUUCUAGAUGGGCGACUGGCACAGAUAAAUUAGUAAUGCGAAUACUUCGGAAUUGUAAUUGCUGCUGAGAUGGCGCGGUGGAGCGCGCUGAUCCAGCAUGGACAAUCACCCAUUUGGCUCAUCGUGCUAUUAUACCUACUGCAUUUUGCGAGAACGACACCCGGUCCAUGUGAAGUGGAAACCGGGCAGUCGAGCAUCAUCGUCGAUAUUGAAGAGAGUAGAGGAGAUCAGGUCAACCAAAGCACAAUACCAUCAGAACUUCCAAUAGUGGGCGAGCCAGAUGUGGACGUGCUGCUCACUACCGUCUUUCCCAAGGGUCCAACGUUGUUCCAGCUAGAUGGAAAGCGAUUACAGCUGCUGCAGCCGCUGGAUAGGGAUGCGGACAAUCUGUCCCAUAUGGUCUUCCAGUUGGUGUGUCAAGUGAAAGCGACUAAGAAACGUCGGACCAUACCAGUUAUAGUGAGAGUCUCCGAUAUCAAUGAUAACGCACCUGUGUUUCAAGGAGUACCGUAUGAAGCCAACGUAUCCGAGCUGGUACCAAUUGGCACAACGAUAUUCAACGGCAUAAGGGCCGUCGAUAUCGACGCGGGGGUCAACGGCCUGGCGGAAUACUUCAUCAUACCAGGCGACAACACGACUCUGGAAGCUGCGAAUGCAGUUGACGGCUAUGGAUACUUCGCUAUACCUCUGCCUCAUCAGGGGCAAGUCACAGUGAAUAGGAGUUUGGAUUACGAGCGUACGCAGCGGUAUCUAGUCACUAUUGUUGCUUCUGAUCGUGCGCGCGACACUAAACGACGACUAUCCAGUACCACGACACUAACAGUUAAUGUUCAAGAUGACGAUGACCAGGACCCGUCCUUUAUAUACCAGGGUUGUACAUUGCACGAUGGAGCCUGUAUUAAUCCAGAGUAUUCGAGCUAUGUGAAUAGCGGUGUCCUCGCCGGGAUCCUAAUGAUAGAGCCCGAAAAAAUCCAAGCUGUCGAUAUGGAUACAUUGGAUGCUAGGAUCCACUACAGCAUCGAGAGUGGGGAACCGGAUUCCUGGGCUACAUAUUUUGCUAUAGACCCCAACAGUGGAGCUGUGAGGCAAUUAACACCAGUGGACACGAGCAUCGCGAAGAAAUUUAAUUUAGUCAUAAAGGCGGAGGAAGUGACAGAAGCGAAGAGGUUUACUACAGCCAAACUGACAAUCACUGUACGACCGGUAGACGCCAGCCCACCAGUGGUAGAGGCGUCCUCAGACGAGGGCCAAAUCGAGGAGAAUUCCCCGAAGGGUACCAAGGUUGUGGACAGUAAUGGAACACCGAUAAGGCUCAGCGUUUCUGACCCUGAUUUGGGACCUGGUGAUCCGGUACCAAAAUAUACUUUCGAAUUGACUACAAACUUCUUCGAUAUUGAUAAAGACGGAUAUCUCACUGCAAGUGAUAAUAAAUUAGAUCGCGAUCAACCGAAUUCCGGCAAAUUCAGAUUCCAGGUGGUGGCGAGAGAAGCUAACGGUGGUGCUGCGUCGGCGCCGCUCUCGUUAGCCGUACAGCUUCUAGACCAGAAUGACAACGCGCCUGUCAUACCGAAGACACAGCCAAUUAUAGUGCCCGCUAGUCUGGAACCUACAGCUGUCCAUAAGGUGGAAGCCAUAGACAUCGAUGAGGGUGAGAACGCACGUAUAACAUACAGCAUUUAUCACGUAUCUAAUAACGGUGGCAACAAAUUCACUAUAGACCCUAACACAGGAGUUAUAUCAAGCAGCGGCCGAUUGCAAGCCGGCGAGCAGUAUAGCGUGACAGUUCGAGCGACAGACGCCAAAGGCCUCAGUUCUCAAGGCAUCGUGGAGUUAUCCGUAGCCCCCGGUCCCAAUACGCGCCCGCCACAGUUCUCCUCGAGGGAUUAUUACGCGCCUGUAUCCGAAGGGGCUUCCAUUAACUCUACUGUUACGACAGUCACUGCUAAAGACCCGGAAAACGAACCGGUUACUUAUUCGAUUGUAUCUGGGAACGAUUUGCGACAAUUUGCGAUUGGAGCGAAUACUGGUAUUAUCACAGUGAUACGGAGACUAGACAGAGAAGUUCUUACGAGAUAUCAACUGAUGGUAAAAGCCGAAGAUCCGGGCAAAUUGGCGAGCACAGCGACUGUUAACAUCAAGGUCACCGACAUUAACGAUAACAACCCGAAGUUUGACGAAGACUCUUAUUUAUUCCACGUGAAAGAAGGAUUAUCGGGCGAGAUCGUGGGCUACGUCCACGCCACUGAUAGCGAUGAAGGUGUCAACGCUAUGAUUACCUAUAGCAUACCAUCGCAUUUACCGUUCAGCAUAGACAAUGGAACCGGAAUGAUUACUACUAACACUGCAUUGGAUUACGAACAAACUAAAGAGUACGCAUUCGUGGUGACUGCGACAGAUGGCGCUAUAGACAAACGUCUUGGUACUGCGUCGGUAGCGGUGCAGGUGCAAGAUGUACCCGACGAGCUGCCUGUCUUCCCUCAGGACCAUUACUCUGUCCACGUACCCGAAAAUGCACCUAAUUAUCCGGUUGCUAAAGUUUACGCAGAAGAUCCUGAUACGUUAUCAGAAAUAACCUACACUAUAAUGCUUGGCGACACUGAUCUGUUCUCAAUAGAUCGCAAGACUGGUAUGAUCAGAACAUUACGGCCUCUAGAUAGAGAAGUGAUGGCACGCCACGAGAUAUUAGUGGGCACGGAAGAGAAUUCGGGAGAGGGACCCGGCGCUACUACUACAGUCGAGGUGCUUGUAGAUGACAAAAAUGAUAACUCGCCUAUAUUCACAUCAGUAGUCCGGCCCGUCACAGUGGAGGACUCUUCGUCCAUCGGCACCCUCGUCCAGACCGUCCUCGCUGUAGAUUCUGAUGCUACCGCUCCCAACAACAGAGUACGCUACAAGCUAGUCGGCAGAGGCAAAGCAUCAAAGUAUUUCCACGUCGAACCUGAUACCGGGGCACUCAGAGUUAGAGAUGAUUUGAGGAAGGAGACCGAUAGCGAGUAUACCGUGGAUGUACAAGCUUACGACCAAGGGGAGCCAGUGAUGUCAUCAGUUGCCAGCCUUACCAUUUACGUCAGUCAUUCAGCUACCGUUCCUCCUGAUGUCGGCCUAGGGUUCGCUGACACUGUGUACACUGAACACGUAGCGGAGAACUCACGAAAUGGCACAUUAGUGAGAAUAUUGCCGGUCUUGAACAAGAAACAGCACUCUAUGGAUACUCCACUGAAGUGCAUACUCACUGAGACAUCGCAAAAAGGAGUUUUCUACGUCAAUCUAACGUUGGAAAGAGACUGUGCUAUCUACCUCAAUACAAGUUCCUUAGACUACGAGACUCUCUCAGAGUACUCGUUAGAGGUCCAACUAGAGUCCAUACAGGGUCUAAUUAACCCCGACAGCAGUAAAGCGGUUAUAAAGGUGCAUGUUACGGAUGCGAAUGAUAAUGUGCCUACCUUCAUAUUCUCCGAUCAGUCUACAAUUUCGGCUGCAAAGGGGAAAUAUUUCGCUAUUGUAACCAAAGAUAUGUUGUUGGGAACGAACGUAUUGCAAGUAAAGGCUAAGGACAAAGACAGCGGCGACUACGGCAAGCUCGAAUACCAUAAGAACUCGUGGACUAAAACCGCAGAGGAGUACUUCAGUCUAGACCCUGAUACUGGUGUAAUUAGUAACAUCAAAUCGUUCGAGAACGUUCCAAAGGAUGUCCUACCAUUCAAGUUCAGUGUGACUGCACGAGACAAUCCCAAUUCACCUCAAGAUUAUAAUAUUGCUAGAGCUUCUGUUGUGAUAAACCUUCUCCAAAAAGAAAACCAGUUAGUCGUGGAAGUAUCAGAUUUAAACCCUGACGCCAUGCGACGACGGUCGCGUAGUCUACUAACCGCUAUAGAAGAGAAGAGUGGUUUAGUUGCUGGCCUGGAGAAGUUAACUGCAAGGCAUUAUUUAGGGGAAAACGGGACAUUGGAGAGUGAUACGAGGGGAACUGAUGUCUGGUUGUACCUGGUGGAGCCUGGAACUGGGGAGAUAUUGACGAGAGAAUCUAAACCUGUAAAGAAGGCGAUCGAGAACGGCGUUCGUAAAGCGGUAGCCGCUCGCUUGCAAUCUCCAGUGAGCGAGGUUCGAGCGCCUCUCAUACCGGCUGAGCCCCCGCGACGGCCGCAUAUUGCGGUCGCACCGUUGGCCUCAGCGCUUCCAGCUGCUUUAAUAGCGCUGGCAGCGCUUGUUUUAGUCGCUGCCACUGCUGCUACAAUAUACAUAUGCGCAUCGUGGAAUAGGUACAAGAAACAUAAGGAGCAAGCGAUACAACAGUACGGAACACUCAGUAUGAGUAUGGCGCCUCCGCGACCCCCGUCCGGGUAUGAAUCGAGUGAAGACGAACCCGCGCCGAGAUACGAAACACAGGUUCUCAAUAUGGCAGUUGACGACGCUGACUUGCAAUUAGAUUUCAGCGCUAAUAAUCAUGCUUUCAACAUACAUAGCGUACAAUAUUUAUCUAAAGAUAAUGGUGAACGGAGCCCGACAUUAUCAGAAACGGCAACCACCGCUCGCGCGUCAAGCGUCAACGAAAACGGCGGUACAUUGAACAACAGUAACUUCGACUCGAUUGCGAAUAACGCGACCAUCGCACGCAACACACAAACACUGAAUCGACGGGUGCCAAAUAACCACGCAUUGAACAACGCACUCGGCACGUUACCGCGUGUGAACAACAACAAUGUAGGUGGCGGAUUACUGGCCACGACACUCGGCAGGAAAAUAAAUGGCGGUAACAAUCAUAAAAAGAAAUCUACGCAACCCAUAAUGGCGUAUGAUGAGAUACCCGGAUUGCAAAGAGCGUCGGAUAACGAUAAUGUUACCUUUGGCAAAAGAAACUUUAGCAGUUACUCAUAUGACCAAUCACCGGUGGAAACCACGACUGAGCUAUAGUGUAUAAUAUAACUUUUUAAAACUGUUCGCAUGUGACAUAGAUCUUUUUUUUUUUCUCUUAAAGACUGUUCUACAGUGCGAGUGAAAUAGUAGCUGUAAGAUUCUCUUUUGAAUCUAUUUGUUUAAGCAUCGAAUUAUUAAUAUUACGUCAUCAAGAAGUGAAUUCAUCAAUUCAAUGAGUGAAUCUCUAUGCUGAGAGGAAAUUUGUGAAAAACUAAAAGACUAUUAUGUGAUAAAAUAAUAUUCGUCCAUAAACAUUAUAAUGAAGUAUAUUUUUAAUAUAGCAUAAUAUAUUGUGUUCAACGAAUUUUUAGAUAAUGAUAUUUUUGUACGUAACUGUAUGUACUUAGCAAAGGCUAGUCUUUGGUAUGAUGGAAUAUUGUGCAUAAUACAAAUGUAAUUUAAUCGUGUGUAAAUAAUGAAGGCAAUUAAUUUUUAGACUUGUUUAGGUACCUGAACCGUAAAUGCGGGUACAAAUCUUUGUAAAAAUCAUAAUGUAUUAUUAUACGGUGCCACCUCCCAAAUAAUAGGGUAAUGGCAAGGCAUUGAUGUAUAUUCAUAAAAGCAUAAUACCUCCGUACUUAUUUCAACUAUUGGUACGUUUUGUCGCUUUCUUUUGAAUUGAUUUUUUUUCUCAAAAGAAAGUGGCAGACUCUUUAAUGAGAAAAUGAGGUUUAACAGAUAUAAAUGAAUAUUAAAUUUUGGAGGUUUUCAUUUUUACGUUCUUUCUUAGUUAAAGGUGGUGAAAAUUUGCGGUAAUCUACCGUCCAUAUAAUGUUGGAAAAAAUCUCGAGUGACAAACACAAUGUAAGGCGACCACUUCCCUCGAUUCUUUAAAUGCGUCGUAGGUAGUAAACUAAUGCAAGUGACUCUACCCGUUCCUUAUGUUCAUAUAUAGUGAGCUUUAUGUCCAAUAGUGGAUACAUUUAGGUUGAAAUGAUGAUGUGCAGUGUAAUUAAUAAUGAUUGUGAUUUGUCACAUACGAGAUUAAACUGAGAUUUCUCAUGGCAUUCCAUUUUAUGUAUUCUUGUAUUUUUGUACGAAUUUUGUGCCAGUUAAAAUGUAUAUUAGGUAUACAACUAUGGGCUUAUAGAAGCAAUGAAUAGAAUGCUCAUUUUUUAAUUUGGUUUCGGUAAGUGUUUGUGCCAAAAGAUUGUGAAUAUAUUUUUUUUUUAUUUCACGUAUUUAUUCGUGCGCACUAGAAAGUGUUACCUAUGAUUAAUAAUUGAUCUGUAUGAUAUUUGUAAAUUUGAAAUAUACUUUUUUUUUAAUUAAAUAUGAAAUUCUUUUACAUAUUGUAUUAUAAUUUUGUGGUAUAAAUUGUUAAUACUUUUGUGGAAUAAAUUAA